AAUGCUAGGCCUGAGGUGUCCCCUAGGAAGCAGCCAGGGGCUAGGGCGGGGCUCAGAAUCAAGUUCUCUCUAGGGACCGGCUUCCGGGCCGAGCCACAGGGCUGCUAGUAGGAGGAGUCCGGAGAGGAUAGGGGAGCACCGCCGGAAGAAACGUCGGGCUUCUCCGGCUCGGCCUGUCCUAAUUUGGUGCCCAACCUGAGGUCGGGCUGUACUAUUGUUCCGUGGGGGGGAUAAAGUUACAACCAAGGCCACAAGAACCAAGGGCGCUGGCAAAAGAUGUACCGAGACCCAAGGGGCCUCGAGUACUUCUGUGUCACUGCAGGCCUCCUACAAGUCCCAGCGGUCCGAGUAUGAAAUCGUCCCGGAGAUCCGAACGUCGCUCGACUGCCACUCUCCGCCCCUACCUUAGUGCCGUGCGGGCCACACUGCAGGCUGCCCUCUGCCUGGAGAACUUCUCCUCCCAGGUCGUGGAAAGACACAACAAGCCAGAGGUCGAAGUCAGGAGUAGCAAAGAGCUCCUAUUGCAACCUGUUACCAUCAGCAGGAAUGAGAAGGAAAAGGUUCUGAUCGAGGGUUCCAUCAACUCUGUCCGGGUCAGCAUUGCUGUGAAACAGGCUGAUGAGAUUGAGAAGAUUUUAUGCCAUAAGUUUAUGCGCUUCAUGAUGAUGCGAGCAGAGAACUUCUUUAUCCUUCGAAGGAAACCUGUGGAGGGGUAUGACAUCAGCUUUCUCAUCACCAACUUCCACACGGAGCAGAUGUACAAACACAAAUUGGUGGACUUUGUAAUCCACUUCAUGGAGGAGAUUGACAAGGAGAUCAGUGAGAUGAAGCUGUCAGUCAAUGCCAGGGCCCGCAUUGUGGCCGAGGAGUUCCUCAAGAAUUUUUAAAUCAUCUGGCUGGAUCUCGUGGCCUUCCCCCUUAGCCUUCCCUGUGUCUCUGCGCAUCUGCGACGGUGUCCUGGAGUCAACCCCGGAGCAGCGGUGCAGCAGCAGCAGGAAGCUGGGUUGGGUGGGCAUCGGAUGCGGGAGGCGGGUGUGGUGUGCUUGCUGGCUGUGCAAAAAAGGCAGCAGUGGACCUGCCCUGAGCCCAUGCGUGUCUGGUCAGGCUAGCUUCUGAUGUUCAGUCCCCUGGGCUGGGACAGACUUUUUUUUAAAAUGUCUUGAAACCUAAACUCUGUGCUUGUAGAAGACUGUAACCUUUUUGUCUUUUUUUUUUUUUUUUU